AUGAAUACUGCUACCACCAGCUCCUAUGAUGUCUCAGAGAGUGUCUACGAAGAUCCAGAUAAACCAGUGCCUGCUGUCACAGAUGGAAGUCAGUCAGAGGUUAAAGUCAAGCCUGUGCCUCGACCCAGGACUAGAUUACAACCAAAGCCAGAGUGUAACAACAACAACAACACUGUUAACUAUGAAGACGCAACCAGCAAUACAACCAAUGAGGUGAGCUCCCAACUCAGUGAAUAUCCUGCAGACUAUAAGACGCCUCGGGCUGUUCAUCCUCCUCCCAGACCACCACCAAGCAAAUGCAUAAUCUCCAGGAAACCCACAAUCGACGGAGGCAAUCACUAUAUGACUUCAGUUUAUGAGCCAACAAAUCAAUCUGUCAAUACUGAGAGAAUACAAUCUCCUUCAAAACAGCGGCCUGAACGCCCCCCUCGUCCCUCCAUCUCUUACAGUAGACGCUCUACAAUGACGAUACAAUCUGAGAGCCUCACUGAUGAUGAGAGUCAGGCAUCCACCUGUUCCUACAUCAACUAUAUGCCACCAUCUCCAGUCUCAUCAGCUCCCUCUAAAGAGGAGGUGAACCUCUGUGGGACUUUUCGUACAACGGCCACAAACAGCACAGACACCCCUGCAGUUCCGCCUCGACCCGGCCAGUCCUCCCUCACCUGCUCGGCCUCUUUGUGUGGAACCUCGCCUCCGCAGACCAGACCACCACCUCCGUCAUUCGCCCCGCCUCCCCCUCCUUCACAAGACGAACCAUCGGAUACAUUGUACAGUGAGAUAGAGCUCCCUCCCUACCUGGCCGUUCUGCCAGAGGACAAUGAUAAGAUGUGUCUAGGGCGGCCAACAGUAUGCUACCAGACCGGUCACUACUCUCCUCAUCAUCAGACCACUGAGGACGCUGAGGACAUCAAUGGGAUGCUGAAAUGGUUGAAAAGAGUAUCAAAAUCUGACUGCAUGGCUUCAUCCGUGUAUGGGCUCAGUUUAGAGGAGGAAGUCAGAUUGUUCAGUCAGAGAGCGAUGAACGUGAGAAAGGCCCUGCGUCUCUACAACCUCCUCAUGAUGAAACGUAACAGAAUCCUGCAGAACAUCAUCACAGAGUUCAGCUCCAUCUCUGACAGCCUGGACAAGCUGAAGAAGAAGGGCAAAACCAUGGACAUUGCUGGGGGAACUACGGGUGCUGUUGGAGGGGUGACUGCAAUCCUGGGUAUCGCCUUCGCUCCCAUGACCAUGGGUGCCUCGCUGAUUGCUACAGCUAUUGGUGCUGGCAUGGUGGCCUCCGCUGGGGGCAUGGGCGCCCACACUGCCAAGGCCAAAAAGAAGAUCGUGAACAGGAUGACAGUUGAGAAACUAGUAUACGAUUAUAAGGGAAACGUUGUUGAUCUGGAACACUGCCUGGGCUUCAUCCUCGACGGGAUGAACGAGCUUCAAAGGCACGACAUCGCCAAGUUACACAGGGCAGGAGUCGAGUCAGAUUCAGUGAAGGUGGCACACCUGUCACAGUUUGUGUUUAGGAAUAACAUGAACAAAGAGAGGGGGACAUCUGUAGCACACACACGUGGGAUGUCAUCAGAGAGACUGCUUCUGACUUUUGCAAAGGAAAUUGAUCAGUAUUUUACGGAAAAGGAGGAUCAGAAGCUGAAGAAAUCAAAUAAAAGCAAGUUUUCGGGUAGGGUUCGCCUGCUGGCUGAAAAUCUGCAGGAAGAACUAUAUCACCUGAAUCGUAUGUGGGAAAUGUUUGGUUGA